GCGUUGGGGGCGGACGAAGAGUGGGGACAGUAGGGAAGCGGGCGACAGCGGGGAGCAGCUGGUUGGUUUCUGGGAAGAGAGCACGCAAGGGAGGUGGGAGGCUGAAGAGCUGCGGGCCUCCGAGGUCCCAGAGCGGACGCUGCAGCCUAUUGUGCGUCCCGCAACGCGCGCUCUGUUGCAGAGGAGCCCGGGCCGGGAAGUGUGGAACAGUCCCUCCAGAGGCCGGGCCGCCUUGCCGGCUCUAGUCCAGCGGAGCCCGAGCGACUCGGACCAAUCCCCGGUGAUUAUGCAAGACAGCGGACCAAUCAGCUCCGCCAGCUCAUGAAUAUUUAUGACCUUGGCUGAGUCAAAGCUUUGAACCGAGUUUGGGGAGCUCGGGAGCAUCAUGCUUAGACUUUUCAAAGAGACAAACUCCAUUUUCUUAUGAAUGGAAAGUGAAAACCCUUGUUCCGCUUAAAUUGGGUUCCUUCCUGUCCUGAGAAACAUAGAGACCCCUAAAGGGAAGCAGAAGAGAGAGAGACCCACACCCAGACCCCGCGAGAAGAGAUGACCAUGACCACCAUGCCAGAAAGUCUCAACAGCCCCGUGUCGGGCAAGGCGGUGUUUAUGGAGUUUGGGCCGCCCAACCAGCAAAUGUCUCCUUCUCCCAUGUCCCACGGGCACUACUCCAUGCACUGUUUACAUUCGGCGGGCCAUUCGCAGCCCGACGGUGCCUACAGCUCGGCCUCGUCCUUCUCCCGACCGCUGGGCUACCCCUACGUCAACUCGGUCAGCAGCCACGCGUCCAGUCCCUACAUCAGUUCGGUGCAGUCCUACCCGGGCAGCGCCAGCCUCGCCCAGAGCCGCCUGGAGGACCCAGGGGCGGACUCCGAGAAGAGCACGGUGGUGGAAGGCGGUGAAGUGCGCUUCAAUGGCAAGGGGAAAAAGAUCCGCAAACCCAGGACAAUUUAUUCCAGUUUGCAGUUGCAGGCUUUGAACCGGAGGUUCCAGCAAACUCAGUACUUAGCUCUGCCCGAGAGGGCGGAGCUCGCGGCCUCCUUGGGACUCACGCAGACUCAGGUCAAGAUCUGGUUCCAGAACAAGCGCUCCAAGUUCAAGAAGCUGAUGAAGCAGGGCGGGGCGGCUCUGGAGGGUAGCGCGCUAGCCAACGGCCGGGCUCUGUCUGCAGGCUCCCCACCAGUACCACCCGGCUGGAACCCUAAUUCCUCCUCCGGGAAGAGCUCAGGCAGUAGCGCGGGCUCCUACAUCCCCAGCUACACGUCGUGGUAUCCUUCCGCGCACCAAGAAGCUAUGCAGCAGCCCCAACUCAUGUGAGGUUGCCCACUCGCACCUUCCCGCCUCCUUCCCGUCUCCCUUGGCCCGGGCCCCUCCCGCCUCCAGGUUCAUCCACCCUGUCUGUGUGCCCUGAGCCCGGAGGAGGGCCAGAGGGA